UUUCAUUUCCCAGGUGUGAUGCAGCCUGCAGCUUCGUGUUUAGCUGGAUUCUUCAUGGCCUUUCUUCUCUUACAGAUCACCGUACUCACCCAAGGUAUGAGCUUGGAUAUACAGAUUAACAUUCAGGUUCCAGAUGCAGAAGGGGUACUGGUGGAGUGUACUUCAGGAAGUUUGAUCCCACCUGCUGAGAUGAUAUGGAGAGACAGCAAGGGGAAUGUAAUUCCACACUCACCAAAAUUUGACUCUCAGGAUGGAUUAUUGUAUUUGAAGAGCAGCAUUCUUCUGAAGAACAGAACACAUGGUCCAAUUACUUGUUCCAUUUACAAUGUAACUACUAAUCAAGAGAAAAAGAGAAGCAUUGUCCUCUCAGAUGUCCUCUUCAAACCAGAGUAUAUGUCAUUGAUGUCAAACAGACCUUCAUGUCCUGUCAUAUAUUUAAGCAUUAUAUUUGUUCUUCAUUGUCUCAGAGGAAUUCUUGUUUUUUGUUGUCUCAGAUGGAGAAAAAAAAUUGUAAAAGGUAAAGAUCUUCUUACUGACUCUUUUUCAGGUUUGAAUAAAAUGAGGUUUUCCUAUGAGCUUACCUGGGAGUGUCUACCCUUAGUUUUGUAUAUUGGCUUCCUCCCUCUCUAUUUGAAUUUCAGGAGCAGAGCUUCUAUUUUGGACAAUGCAUACUCACUGUACAGUAAUUGGCUGUGGGAUGUAUGCAUAAUCUUGGUUGUGAUGAUGGUAUUUUUCACUGGGCUCAUUUUGCUUCUACUUGGGACCCUAAACCAUAAGUAA